UAGAUUAUUAAUGUUCAAUGAAGUCGUGCCGGUGGAGAUCCCCGGUUGUCAACUUCUGAAAGGGAUCGAGGCUGGUUCUGAAGAUAUCGAUAUUCUUCCUAAUGGUUUGGCCUUUAUAAGUACAGGCAUGAAGUUGCCUUACGUAAAGUGCUUUGCACCUGACAAGCCUGGAGAGAUACUACUUUUAGACCUGGAAAAUGGCGACCUCAGUCCCGUCCCUCUGCGCAUCAGUGAAGGUUUUGACGUGUCUUCCUUAAACCCUCAUGGGCUGAGCACGUACAUCGAUGAGAAGGAUGGUACAGUCUAUCUCUUUGUGGUGAAUCAUCCGCAGUUACAAUCCAUAGUGGAGAUAUUCAAAUUUCAAGAGGAGGAACGUUCUCUUCUCCAUCUGAAAUCAGUGAAACACGAACUGCUCAGCAAUGUUAAUGAUAUAGUUGCUGUUGGGCCUGAGAGCUUCUACGCCACCAUCGAUUAUUACUUUACCAAUAUCAACAUGAAAUAUGUGGAAUUGUUUCUUGGAUUUCAAUGGACGGGUGUUGUGUAUUACAGCCCUGGUGAUGUCCGACAAGUGGCCAAAGGACUUUACAGUGGCAAUGGAAUUACUAUUUCUAAUGACAAGAAAUACAUCUACGCUGCUGAUAUCUCAGGUCAUACAAUUCAUGUCUUUAAAAAGAAUGAAGAUUGGUCUCUUACCCCAGUAAAGGUGCUGGAUGUAAAUUUCCUUUUGGAUAACCUGUCAGUGGAUCCAGAGACCGGGGAUAUUUGGACAGGAGGUCUUCCAAAUGCAUUAAAAUUCUUUGUUUACAGUGAAGAUUAUCUCCCUGGUUCAGAGGUGAUCCGUGUACAGAAUAUUCACUCGGAUAACCCCAUUAUCACCAGAAUCUAUGCGAACAACGGGUCAGUGCUCCAGGGGUCAUCCUGUGCCUCCGUGUACAAGGGGCAGCUAUUGGUGGGUACAAUAGUCCAUCGAGCCCUGCACUGCCCGCUGAAGUGACGCUUCUUAUGAAUCUGAAUAUUAAAGCUGUGGAUUUUUUUACAAACCAAAAUAAACACUAAUUUUACC